AUGCCUUCUGCCUGCAAUUGGACGGCCCGUCUCCAAGGGCUCGUGGAAAUCCAGGUUGGCCAGAAGAUCGUAUGCCUAGAAUUGCCGUGCAGUUCGCAGCAUGCAACGCUGGAGCACGAACCCCUGGGCAUAUCGACAACACAGCACUCUUUCUUUCACAAGUACGACCAGGAGCCUGGCGCUCGUAAUGAAACCAAAGCCGCCCCGGGCGGGGAAAGCCAUGGGCUUCACGGAGUACGCAAAUCAAGGCCCUUAGUCUCAGAGCUUGACUGUGCUAUCUCCUUACAGGGUGAAGUCACCCCGGAUUGGAAUCCUCAGCUUGUUAAUAUAUCGCUACCUGGAACUGCCUGCAGUGGAGACGGUAACUAUGUAAUGCUUCCGUUGCUCCGUUGGAUCCCAUGGGUUUCUGGAAAAAGGGCGCAAAUUGCGAACGAAAACGAGCCUGCCGUAUUACAGGUCCAUGCUCAUCCAUCGGCGGAUCUAGUCGAAGCCUUCGUUUUCGUAUUCCGAGCACCUGGUAUGAAUUUUCUGGAACGCCCAUGA